GAAAACAAAGAAUUCUUCUGUUGCAAUUGAGACUCCAAUGGUCUCACAUAUGCACUGUUACCCAUGGCCGAAUUUUCACCAACAACAUACUUUGACGGCCAAGAAAUGGGAGUUCUAUACAUGCUUUUGGUUUCCCUGUUAUAGCAGUUCCUAUACUCGCCUCAAUUGCAACUCAAGAGUUGGGGCACCCGCUUUUCUUUGCCUUUCCACUUUGACCCAAGUUAGUCAACCUCAAUUGCAACUCAAGAGUUGGGGCACCCGCUUUUCUUUGCCUUUCCACUUUGACCCAAGUUAGUCAAAAAUUUACAGCCAAAAUCUACCUCUUGUUUCCUCUACUCACAGCCUCAAGCACCACCAAUCAACGAGCUGGAUAAGCUGGAAGAAUCCACUUCUCACCUUCAUUGCAUGUCGAAAUUGAAAUGGUUUAGCGAUCUUCCCAAACCGCGACUGUAGCAGCUUGGACACAACAAUGAAUCAACUGAUGCUUCGCAUUUGCAGUCGAACCGGAAGCCCAGGGUACUUCCUAUGAGUUCGAUCAAUUCUAUUGCAGCCUUCAAUGCUGAAGCGUCACAACAACACUCCUUGUUGAAGUAUCUCUAGUAGGGAAGCUUGUUUUUGAGUGCUUUGCUUUUGCUUCGAGAAUGGAGGAAGAAGGGUGAAGCAACCGAAGAAGGGCCACUCGAUUAACUCAAGCAGAAGGAGUUAGCGACCUCGGAUUUGCUCUCGCUUGGUAUAUCCAAAAUUUGAUAGCAACUACGAUGGAUUCAAUAAGUUGCCCAGAUUCGCUCCUCACCAUCUGGGUUGGAAUCGUCAACCUAUCAAGCGGCAACACUAGCAACGCACCAGUCUGAAGCUUCCUUAUCUGCCCGCAUCGCCAACUUCAACGGAUCUCCCGUACCAGUCGAUUGCUCCAGUCGCGACCCUCCUGGCUGUCUGCGUCACCACCUUUGACGAACUCCCACACUAAUCGCAAAUGCUCCUCAAUUCGCGUCGCCUCUGGUGUUGUCCGCGUAGCCAACUUUAGCGGAUCUCUCGUAAUUCUCCACUGGAAUCGUCUGGGUUGCUCGCCCUCCUUGAGCGAUUGUGAUGCAACCAGUGAAAUUCUCCAAAAUUGAGAAUCGAUGGCUACAGUUUCUUCAAAAUUCUCUUGCAAACAACUCCGAGGAUGGGAAGGCCUUGCUCGCCUGAGAAUUCCGAUCAACUAGAACUCCCUUAGGAGUCGUUAUCACGCCUGUCUCCAAUACUCGCCUACUCUAGCUACCCAAUUGCGCCUCCAAAAUUAGAGCCCAACUGUUAACAAAUUGUCGGAAUCGCAAUCACAAUCUGAUCCAUCUGGCCAAGUCACCUUCCAAUUCGGAAUCGCUUGGCCUACUCGUUUGCAAUUUCUAACCAAUGCUCACUAAAUUCACAACUGAAGUUACUAUCGACUUAGCCUUCAAGACUCGAGUGAGAAUUACUUUCUCGCUCGUAUCUGCCGGAAUCGCUGAAUUUUGCAACUUGCCUUCAAUGACCGACUAGCUUCGCUUUGAAUCUGGCUUGCUUACUUCAAAUCUGAUCGGAGGCUAUUGAUUUUCCGAAACCACAGCCAGGAACGACUGCUCUGAUACCAAUUUUUCAUGAACCUAGGGUUCAUAACGGGUUAAAAUUGGCAUUUGGAGGGAUCUGAGAGGCUUAGGAUUAAGAAUAUAAUAUUUAGAGGGGAAUUUGAACAUAAAUGGAGGAGAAAUUAAAGAGAAUUGAAGGAGUGCAAUAGAGAGAAAUGAGAGGGAGAUUUGAGAGAAUUCUUAGAGAGAAAAUGAGAGUUUCAUUAAUCAAUUCAAGCAUAAAAGCUCUCCACUUACAAUUGGCUUUUUUUAUAGGCAUAACUAGAUGCUUAACUAAUUUCUAACAUCCUAACAGCAUCCAUGUACUUCUAACAACUUGUAAAAUAUCCUUAACUAACUAUUAUACUCUAUUACAAUAAUGCCUUUUUAUUGCUCCUAGGGUCAUGACAUUUAUUAAAUUCAUCUAUGUGAUUUUGUAGUUUCUGCCCUUCUUGCAUUUUAAAUGUAAAAAGCUUUGCCUUUAAAUAUAGUCUAUUUGACAAGGUUUUUGCCAUGUAAAGACUCUCUAAUUUAGACCAUAAAGCUUAAGUCGUUUCUAUCCUUGAAACUUCCCUAAGAACUUUAUCUCCUAAACUUAGAAUUAGAGUAUUAUAGGCCCUUUUGUUGAUUUCUUUCCCGCGCUCACUGUGGUCUUUUUUCUGUUCUUCAGUGGCGUUCUCGAGCAAUUUCUUUUCUGCCUCUAAGGCUUCUUCUAAUCCCAAGUUUCCCAACAACGCCCUCAUCUUAAUUUUUCAUAGACUGAAAUCAUUAGAUCCAUCAAAUUUCUCUAUGUCAUAUCUAGGGGAAGAGGGUGUGGAAGCCAUAACAGAGAUUACAACUAAAGAUUUCUAGGGUUCUUGGCAGCCCUUGAAAGAGUUCUUGGCUCUGAUACCAAUCUGUUAGGAUUAGGAGCUCUUUAGAUACUCAAUCAAUACUUUAUUUGCCAAUUCUCUCAACACUCCUCACUCGGAAAUCAAUUAACAACAGAAAUAUAAACUGUAAAUACAAGAACAUAAUUUAAAUGAGAUAGAAACAACCGAACCACAACAAGAGACAAGGAUUUAUCCUGGUUCGAACUGAUCGAAAUCAGUCCUAUAUCUAGCCACGGUCCAAGAGCAAUCCACUAGAAUUCCAAUCCAGAAUCAGUACACAAGAAACCCAUAGAAACCCUCUCCUCUCUUCCUAUCACACAGCACAUUGCCUUCAACUCGAGAUUACAAAGAACUUCCUAAACUUCAAGUCUUUCCUCUCAUAGCAAUUCUCGUAUUCAGGAAGAGUAGAAAUCGAAUGAUCAGAAUGAUCAUUUUAGUUUGCCUAUCUAUCUUAUUUAUAGAGGGUUGGGUGGAAAUUACAAGGGGUAAAUUAAAACAACACAAUGUCUAUUCUACCCUUUUAUAAUCGACUUAAUUAGAACCUAUCCAAGUAACUUGUUUCCGGUUAUAUCAUCAAUCUGGCUUCUUUUGAUUCUUUCUGAUCUUCUAGAAUAUUCUUUAUGCAAAUGUUAAAUUCGGAACACAGUUUGUGCCCAAUUACUCACUCAAAUACUCACCAAAUCAAUCUCAAUGCAUACACAAAAUAGAAAGUAAAUAAAAGACAGACUUGAAAUAAGAAAAGAAGAUCAAUCCACAAUUGCAGCACACUGAUUUUUACCCUAGUUCAUGCCACGGAAAUGACACUACAACAACUCCAACGAGAGAACAAUCCACUAAGAAAUGAAUAAAAAUCAGUAUAAUGGAAUCCCUCUGCCUCUCAUACAACCCGAGUACAAUACUCUCAAAGAAUCCAAGAACUAUCCUUCUCACAACUCUCUCUCUUUUCACUGUACUCGUAUAAGAGAUAGAAUGAGUGAUUGAUGAUCGAACAACUAAUCCCCUGCCCUCAUAUUUAUAGACUAUGGGGCAGAUUAUCCUAAGGACAUAACUGACUCUACAAAGUCUAUUCUACCCCUAGUAAAUACAGAUAUUUACAGAAAUAUCCUGCACACUACUGCCACUUGAUCACCAUUAUGAACUCCUCUGAUUUCUUCUAAGCUCCCAGCAUACUAAACUUAACAACAAAACUUCAACAAUCAUAGACGAAAUUUGCCAGAAUUACUCCGCUCUUCCACUUUCGAACAAAGACUCACCAGAAUUCCGCCAGGCUUUGUUAAGUUUUGCUUGCCUCACUCCUCCUAAAUUGAUUGCCUCGGCUGUAGCUUCUUCGAAAUUCUCCUACGAACAGCUUUGAGGAUGGGAUGGCCUUGCUCGUUUGAGAAUUCCGAUCAACUGGAACUAGGAGUCGUCGUGAUCAUGCCUGUCUCCAAUACUCGCCUACUCUAGCUGCCCAAUUGCGCCUCCACAAUACGAGUCCAAUCAUUAAGAACUCGUCAGAAUCACAAUCGGAUUUGUUUGGCCAAGUCGCCUUCCAAUUUGGAAUCGUCUGGCCUGCUCAUUUGCAAUUUCUAACCAACGCUCUUGAAUGGAUUGACUCCAAUCACACCACCAGAAAUAGAUUGACUCUGUUAUUCAAUCAAUUCGUUGUUGUUUCCUGAAUUGCCUUAUGCAACCUGUUGAAACUUUGAGCACUAUCGGUAUACAAUAUCUCACUCAAGUCACUUAUCAACUCAACCACUAAAUGUAUACAAAUUAGAAAGUAAACGAAAGACAGAAUUGAAAUAGAAAAAGAAAGAUCAAACCACAAUUCUUGCACGCCGAUUUUACCCUGGUUCAUGCCAACAACUCCACCGAGAGAAUAAUCCACUAACAACGAAAGAAAUUAGUACAAUGGAAUCACUCGCCCUCUCAUACAACCCGAGUACAAUUCUCUCAAAAGACUCCAAGAACUAUUCUUUUCACAACUCUCUCUCUUUAUCACUGCACCCGUAUAAGAGAAUAGAAUGAUUUUAGAUUGAUGAUGACAACUGAUCCCCUGCCCUCAUAUUUAUAGACUGUGGGGCGGACCAACCUAGGGAUAUAACCGACUCUUACAAAGUCUAUAUUACCCCUAGUAUAUUAUGUUAAUUACAGAAAUAUCUUGCACACUAACUGCCACUCGAUCAUCAACCUUGGCUCCUCUGAUUUUUUCUAAUCUUCCAACACACUUAACUUAGGCAAAACAUCAACACGACCCAUUCCAUUUCGCAACCAAUUGUCAAUCAGCUAACGCUCCAGAUUUGCUUCACUAUGGAUCAACAAGCACGGUUGAUCUAUCUCAAAUUGUUGUUAACUCACUUCACCUGUGUCGCUGGAAACCCCGUUGUACGACACUUCUGAAUUUUUACAACCGAGAUUCAAGAUUCAGACUCGAAUUUGCUGGAAUCACCAAAAUUUGUUGGGAUCUACUUCACGCCUCUCUGCUAACAUUCGUUGAACUUAGCUACCUCUCCAUGAUCACAUGCAGCAACUUAGACCUAGUUGCUAGGGAACAAUAGCCAAGAUUGCAAUUCGAUGGUCGAGGAUUACUGGCUCUGCUUUGCCUUCACUUGCCACUCCUUUUAGUUUUCGUAGUCGUCUCCAAAUUUUGAGAAUCAAUCCUCCUUGCGUCGGAAUCAAAUUCUAAGAGUUAGCUACGUUGAACGGCAGGUCGAACAACAGCCAUUGUUUUCUGUCGAAAAUUAAUCAACAAGAAAACCUCUGAGGAAUGAUGCUUUGAUACCAAAUUGUCGUACGAAGAACGGGGAGAAUCAAAAGAACAGGAAGUGAUGGAGAGUAAGAUCGGGAGAGAGAGAGAGAGAAUUUGGAGGAGUGAAAUCAGAAAUAUUCAAAUGUAGUGAUUUAUGCCCAUAAAUUAUGCUAGGUCAGUCUUAUAUAAUGAUCCAGAUAGUAGUGAUUUGGCGCCAAUAGGGCUGCCAAAUAUUCAAACCAAUUAUAAUUGAAGGCUGUUGCCUUCUAGGUACAACUACGACUACUUCUAAUUACAGCUAGUUCAAUCCAAACUAAUAGCAAAUACAAACAAGGGAAUACAUCUAUUAUCUAUUAUUUCUAUACCCCUAGGUCCUGACAACAAGGAAUCAGUAGUUUCUCCUAUCUGGGUACAAACAAGUAAGACUAAACCAUCAAAAAACUACAGCAAGGUAAAACUUUGGGAGAAGCACACCUUCUAGACUUCACUAUUUCUCUCUCCACAUGAUGCUAAGGAAUGGUUGCCCAAAUAAAACAUUGGGAGAUGAACUGAUUUUCUCAAUCCUUUCUAAGAAAGUAAAAAAUUCCUUUGUUGCUAGGGUCUCUCCACCACAGGAAGAGCAACUAAUAGAGCUCUUUCUUGGCAUGGGUGCCAUACCCAUUAAAGAAUCCUGACAAAAUAUAACAAGUCAGUUUUCUAGUGUUGAAAAUUACAUAUACAAUGCACAGAGAGACUUCACAUUCCUAAACAAAAAAAAAAAAAAUGAGAAACACUUUGUUACCCCCUCUUCUCUAUUAAGAGGAAGCAAAAAACAAUUUGAAAAUUGCUCAUGUAUGGACUAUGGAUGCACUAACUAUUUAAUCAAAACCAAACUCCUCACUGAUCUGCAACAUUCGAGAGAAUAAAUUUUGAUAAAUCCUCUCAAACCCUCAUAAUAGCUCUCCAAAACUAACUCCAUAAGGAGUAGAAAUCACAUCAUUAGACAGAUCCCCCGACUCAAGGCUGUAUUCACUAUUUGAUCACUUUCCUUUUCCACCCAUUAGGUUUACUAGUAAAUGUCUACAGCGACUAGUUGACAAGGCUUUGCUAAACUAGCUCGACAUCCAAAUUCAUAAAUUACCCUGGUUCCUUGGAAGGCAAAAAUGUUCCCACAUGACUAAGUGGUACUUAAAUUAAACUCUUCACAUAUAUCACUUCAGAAAGGAAGUAUCUUGAAAUUUUCUCCCAUGUUUUAAACAACAAAAGGUUUACGUGGGGAAGGCUAGAAAGAACAUCUUUUAUGAGGGUAACCUUAGGUUACCUUUUGGCAAAUAUUGCCUUUUCUACAAGGCUGGCCUGUCCUCAAAUCUCUCUAUUACCACACUCCAAAGAAGGUUGACUUUAUCAGAGGAUCUCAAAGUUGACUUUAAUGUAGAGGGAAGAGCCACCUUACACCCAUGGUCAACUGGUGGACCUUAUCAAUGACCUUCUAGGCUUCUAGCAAGAUUAACAUGUAAUCUUGACACUGCUUUGAAAUGCCAGAUAACACUUCUUAAAAUUCUUCCGUUUCUGUCUGCCACGGCCUACAAAUUGAAAGAGUAUCAUUUGUCAAAAUAGGAAAAGGAAGAAAAGUUGUUGCUAGGAACUCACAUUAAAACCAGCUCUACCCAACACCAUUUCACCUAUUCCUCUUUUUACAACAACAUAUCAAGCCUUUAUCCCACUAUGUGGGGUCAGCUACAUGAAUUCUAGAAUUCCAUAUAUUUAUGUCUUUUGUCAUAUCUUCAUUUAGGCCCAUACAUUUCAUAUCAAAUUUUAAUUUCUUUUCUAAAAUCUUCUUGGAUCUGCCUCUAUCUCUUUUUUGACUAAUUAUUCUAUUACAUCAACUCUCCUCACAUGAGCGUCUCUUGGUCUCCUUCUGACAUAACUAAACCAUCUUAGUCUAGUCUCUCUCAUCUUCUCCUCAAUUGACACUACUCCUACCUUAUUACGAAUAACCUCAUUUUUAAUUUUAUCUUUUCUUGUAUGGCCGCACAUCCAUCUUAGCAUUCUCAUCUCCGCUACGCUCGUCUUUUACUCAUACUGGUAUUUGACUACCCAACAUUCUGAGUCAUACAACAAGACUGGUCUUAUAGCUGUCUUAUAGAAUUUUUCUUUUAGUUUUAGUGGGAUUUUACCAUCACAUAACCAUAGUUCUGAAAGGCGCGAGGCGCAAAGGGUCCUGGAGCCUGAGGCGCGAGGCGCGCCUUUGCGAAGCGAGGCGCACCUUUUAGAAAAAAAACUAAAAAUCUUGUAAAAUCAUAAAAAACUAUCAAAUUAUCAAUAAUAACACAUGCAUAUCAUUAAUGUUUCAUUAUCUUCAAAUUCUAAACUAACAACAUUAAAGUUAAUUCAUUCAUCAUACAAUUUCUAAACUAGAAACAUCAUCAAAGUUCAAACUUAAAGUCUCAAACUCAAACAAGUACCAACCAUCAUGCAAAGUUCUAAACAAACAUAUAAACACUACAAGUCCACAAUCAAUAAAGAAGUUUUAAUCAUCAUCAUCAUCAUACCCUUCACCAAAUUGAAAAUCAUCAUCUUACGGUGCCAUAUUUUGCUCAUCCCUGAUUCCCUGUUAUUUUUCUUCUUUUGCAUGUACUCUCCAAUCUCUUGUUUUAUUGAUGGAGGACAUUUUGGAAUAGCUUUAGUAUUCUCCACAAUCAAUAAACACUACAAGUCCACAAUCAAGAAAAUGCUUUCAUUUUGAAAAAUGCUAUUUUUCUAGGUCUGGAAGAUUAGCGCAUUUUUUCUAAGUCUGAAAGAUUAGGGCAUUAUAAGGAGACAUAUAAGAAAAUGUUUUCAUUUUGAAAAACUAACUCCCGGUAUUUUGAUAGUUAAUAUUCAUUGUUGUUAAAAUGAUUUUUAAUGAAUUUUUCAAGAAAUAGUAGGUAUGUAUUUUGGGGGUGGUAAAAUCGCUAAAUCCUGAAUUUGUACUAAAAUCAAAAUUCUAUUUUCUUAUUGUUAUGGAUUUUGAUUUUUUAGAUAUUUUUAUUGAAUCCAAAUGGGGGGUACUUUCUUAUUUACAUUUAUGUAUUAAAGUAAAUGGAAGGUAAAAUAUAAAUAAAAGAAAAUGUGGACAUUUACUUUGUAAAUAAGUAGUGAUGUAUACAUGCUGAAACUGAGAAGAGGGGAUGCUGGAGAGGAGAGAAAGAAAUGAUGCAGGCAGGAUGCAGGCGCGGUUUUCAUGAGGCGCGCCUCAGCGCCUCACCUUGCAAGGCGCGCGCCUUGCAGAAACCGCCUCGCCUCAGCCCAGGCGAGGCGCCAAACUGGCGCCUUAAGGCGCCUUGCGCCUAGGCGCGCCUUUAAUAACUAUGCACAUAACAUCUCGAUGCAUUUCUCCAUUUUAGCCAACCUGCCUUAAUUUUAUGCGUGACAUCCUCGUGAAUUUCUCCAUCUUUUUGAAUCACUGAUCCCAAAUAUCGAAAAUGAUCUUUUUUUUUGUAAGAUUUGGUCUUUCAAUUUUAUUAUAACAUCCUCCACUCUUGCAUUCUUACUAAAUUUACAUUCCAUAUACUAUGUUUUUCUUCCACUUAAUUUAAAUUUUUUAGAUUCUAAAUUGUUUCUCCAAAACUCAAGCUUAGUGUUCACUCCCUCUUUUGUUUCAUCCACCAACACUAUGUCAUCUGCAAAUAGCAUACACCAUGGCACCUCUAUCUGAAUGUGUUUAGUUAGUUCGUCCAUUACUAAAGAAAAUAAGUAUGGACUUAGUGCAGAACCUUGAUGCAGUCCCAUUAUAAUUUUAAACAGUUUAGUAUCCCUUUCGCAUGUUCUGGCCAUUGUCUCUGCACCGUGAUACAUAUCCUUAAGGGCUUGUAUAUAGGCUAUUCGGACUCAUUUCUUCUCUAAAACCCUCCAUAAUACUUCUCUAGGGACCCUAUCAUAGGCCUUUUCUAGAUCUAUAAACACCAUAUGCAUGUCCUUCUGAUGAUGAUGCCAAUACUUUUCCAUUAGGCGUCUCAGUAGGUAUAUAACUUCUAUUGUUGACCUACCAGGCAUGAAAUUAAACUGAUUUUCCAAGACAUCGCAUUAAAUAAUUUUGUUAGUCAGGAGAUACCCUCUUCUCCCAUGCAUUUCAAUGCUUCUAUUGGUAUAUUCUCCGGUCCCACCGCCUUAUGAUUUUUCAUCUUUUUUAAUGCUUGCCUUAUUUCAUUUGGAGUUAUGCGUCGAUAAAAUGUAUAGCUCGCGUUCUCUUCGGAGUUACUAAGAUGUCCCAACCUAACUCUUGUGUCCCCACCAUCAUUGAAUAAUUUUGUGAAAUAUUCAUUCCAUCUCUCUUUAAUCGUUCCCUCAUUCACUAAUAUAUUUUGGUUUUCAUCUUUAUGCAUUUCACUUGGUUUAGAUCCUUUGUUUUUCUUUCUCUUGCUUUAGCUAAUUUAUAUAUAUCUCUUUCUCCAUCUUUUGUAUCAAGUUGUUUAUAUAGAUUUUCAUAUGCUUUUGACCUUGCUUUACUAACAACUUUUUUUGCUUCCUUUUUCGUUUCUGUUGAAGAUAAUCUUGGAAGAGAUAAAGCCGAAAUUAUAUCUUGGAGAUUUGAAACAAAAGGCCAGAUAAGAAGAUAGAAGAUAAAGCCUUUUUUAUAUCUGAAAAAAUUAGGUUUUUAUUAUCUAAAUAAAUUGUUAUUAAUUUGUAAUUUAAAUGUCCUAUUUUUUAACUUGGAGAUAGGUUGUAUUGCUGUAUUUAACACAGCCGUGUAUCACAGAACAAAGAUAGUUGUUUUGUGCUUUGGAUCUCUUCUCAAUCAGAAUUUUGAUCCUCUAAAUUCUUCAUGGUAUCAGUGCCUAGGUUUCUGUAAAUUACCAUACCUUCCGUAGCACAUUAACUCUCCUCAAUAUGGCCGAUUUCUCAACCACCAGUGCAACCUCCAAUAUCGCGCCUUCCGCAGCACGAUCAGUUCUUCCAUCCCCUUCGCCUAUCUCAGUAGACCAUCAUACCCUUCAAAUCACACAACAUAAGCUUACCGGAACCAAUUAUCGGGAAUGGUCUCAGUCGGUUAUGUUGGUGAUGAAAGGAAAAGGCAAGAUGGGUUAUCUCACAGGCGGAACAACACAACCAGAUGCUGAUACACCCGAGUAUAGUACCUGGGAUGCUGAAAACUCCAUAGUGAUGGCUUGGAUCAUCAAUUCUAUGGAGCCAAAGAUAGGGAGAACCUACCUAUUCUAUAAGAUAGCCAAGGAAGUGUGGGAUGCCGUUCAAAGUUUGUAUUCGGAUAUGGAAAAUACAGCACAAUGCUUUGAGGUAAGAUCGGCCUUAAGAACCACCCGCCAAGGUAACAACUCGGUCACUGAUUACUACAAUAUUCUAUCUGAACUAUGGCAAGAGAUAGAUCUAUAUUAUGAUAUAAACUGGGAGUGUACAAAAGAUGGAGUGAGGCAUGCUAAGAUGGUCGAGAAGGAGCGGGUGUUUGAUUUCUUGCAGGGACUAAACUUUGACUUAGAUGAAGUCAGAGGACGACUCCUAGGGAUAAAACCUUUUCAUUCCAUCAAGGAGGCCUCUGCCGAAGUAAGGAGGGAAGAAAGCAGAAAAAGGGUGAUGAUGCACACAACAACAGAAGUUAACAAUCAGGGUGGAUCAGCACUUGCAGUCUCCAAACAAAGGAUAACAGCACCUCGAGGAGAUCAUACAAGAGAUAAAUCUUGGUGCGAUCAUUGCAAGAAACCAAACCACACCAAAGAAAACUGCUGGAAGUUACAUGGAAGGCCAGCUAAUUGGAAGGGGAGAAACCAGAAUCAGAAAAAACCACAACUAGCCUAUGCAGCAGAUACAGAAGAAGGUACAAGUAUCACCCUAACGUCCAACCAGUUGGAAAUUCUGCAACAAGUUUUAAACCAAACAAGGGUUACAAAACCCACUGAUUCUGAGGAAGUAUCAAACCCAACAGCCUCCCAUGUAAAACAAGGUAUAGUUUAUGAUUGUUAUCUGUCUAAGCUGCUUAAUAAGAAUGAUUGGAUUAUUGACACGGGAGCUUCCGACCAUAUGACCAGAUCUCGUUGUGGUAUGAUGGAUUACAAAUGUUGUGAGAAGAAUAUUAGGGUAACUAUGGCAGAUGGUGCAAUAUCACAUGUUGAAGGACCUCGUUUCGGGGAAGAUGAUUGGCAAUGCUAAGGAGAGAGAAGGCCUUUAUUAUGUGCAAGGAUCGGCUGCAG